UUGAGUCACCAGAAGACGCUCUCCUCGUGUGGUUCUUGUGUCAUGUCAUCGUCUCUGGGGUGACUCGUCCAGAUUCUACCAGAAUUGAGCCCUUCCUUGGACCUAUGCACCAGCCUGGACCCCCAUGAAUGGGUGGACAGCACUCAUGCCUGCAACCCAGAGCCCUGGCUGACCACGCUUUCACAGGAUGCUCCAACAGGCUAAUGGUCACAGUCCAGACUCUGCUGCCCAAAGUGGAGAAACCCUUAGGGAAGACCUGCAGGAUUUUCUGGGUGGGGAGAAUCCGCUGCACCAGCUCGAUGACCUCACCAAGGUGAAUCCUGUGACACUAGAGACAGUCCUAAGGUGUCUGCAGGCCCGGUACUCCGCAGACACGUUCUACACCAAUGCUGGCUGCACCCUGGUGGCUUUGAACCCCUUCAAGCCGGUCCCUCAACUUUACUCGUUGGAACUGAUGAGAGAGUACCAUGCUGCUCCUCAGCCCCAGAAACUAAAGCCCCACAUCUUCACUGUUGGUGAACAGACCUAUCGGAAUGUGAAGAGCCUGAUAGAGCCAGUCAACCAGUCUAUCAUUGUCAGUGGCGAGAGUGGUGCUGGAAAGACAUGGACAUCCCGCUGCCUGAUGAAGUUCUACACGGUGGUGGCCACCUCUCCCACAUCCCAGGAGAUCCACAAGAUUGCCGAGAGGAUCGAGCAGCGCAUCCUGAACUCCAACCCAGUCAUGGAAGCCUUUGGGAAUGCAUGCACACUGAGGAAUAACAACAGCAGCCGCUUUGGGAAGUUCAUCCAGCUCCAGCUAAACAGGGCCCAGCAGAUGACUGGAGCUGCCGUUCAGACCUACCUCCUAGAGAAAACCCGAGUGGCCCGCCAGGCCUCCAACGAGAGGAACUUCCACAUCUUCUACCAGAUCUGCAAAGGAGCCAGCGCCAAGGAGAGGCUCCAGUGGCACCUUCCCGAGGGAGCAGCCUUCUCAUGGCUACCCAAUCCCGAAUGGAGCCUGGAAGAGGAUUCCUUUGAGGUGACAAGAGAGGCCAUGCUUCACCUAGGCAUUGAUGUCCCCACCCAGGAAAACAUCUUUAAGGUCCUCUCUGGACUGCUGCACCUUGGCAACCUGCACUUUGCUGAGUUCGACGAUGAAGCCCAGCCCUGCCAGCUGAAGCCCAAUGCCAACUGCUCACUCAGCACCUCGGCCUCCCUGCUGCUGCUCCCAGAGGAGCCUUUACUUGAUACGCUGCGGAUCCGAACCAUCCGGGCAGGCAGGCAGCAACAGGUGUUCCGGAAACCCUGUUCCCAAGCCGAGUGUGACACCCGUAGAGACUGUCUGGCGAAGCUGGUCUACGCAAGGCUGUUUGACUGGCUGGUGUCGGUGAUCAACAGCAGCAUCUGUGCGGACCCUGGUUCCUGGACCAGUUUCAUAGGCCUGCUGGAUGUGUAUGGCUUCGAGUCAUUUCCUGACAAUAGUCUAGAGCAGCUCUGCAUCAACUAUGCUAAUGAGAAACUGCAGCAGCACUUUGUGGCACACUACCUAAGGGCCCAGCAAGAGGAAUAUGCAAUGGAGGGCCUGGAGUGGUCCUUUGUCAACUACCAGGACAAUCAGACCUGCUUGGAUCUUAUCGAGGGGAGUCCCAUCAGUAUCUGCUCCCUCAUCAAUGAGGAAUGUCGCCUGAACCGGCCCAGCAGUGCGGCCCAGCUGCAGACACGCAUUGAGAGUGCCCUAGCAGACAGCCCGUGCUUGGGCCACAGCAAGUUCAGCCAGGAGCCCAGCUUCAUUGUGAUCCACUAUGCAGGACCUGUGCGUUACCACACGGCAGGCCUGGUAGAGAAGAACAAGGAUCCUGUUCCCCCUGAGCUGACCACACUCCUGCAGCAGUCCCAAGACCACCUGCUCAAAGUACUGUUUCCUGCUGACCCAGAAGAGAAGCCCCAGGAGUCUCCCUCUGGCCAGAGCAGGGCGCCAGUGUUAACAGUGGUGUCCAAGUUCAAGGCAUCCCUGGAACAGCUUCUACAAGUCCUUCAAAGCACCACCCCCCACUACAUUCGCUGCAUCAAGCCCAAUAGCCAGGGUCAGGCACAGACCUUCCUGCAGGAGGAGGUCCUGAGCCAGCUGAAGGCCUGUGGCCUGGUGGAGACCAUCCACAUCAGUGCUGCUGGCUUCCCCAUCCGGGUCUCGCACCGGAACUUUGUGGAGCGGUACAAGCUGCUGAGAAGGCUCCGUCCACAACCCCCCCUCUGCCCUCAGAGCCCCUCUGAUGAAGGACUCGCAGAAUGCUCUCCACAGGUUGAGGACACCACGCUGCAGCCUCUUCUCCAUGAGAUCUUGUCGAUUGUGCAAGUGCUAACUCAGGCCACAACUACACCCAGUGACACAGCUGAGGUCACACAGGUCCUGGUGCGCUGUGGCAGGACCAAGGUGUUCAUGACUGACUCCCUGCUGGAGCUUCUAGAACAGGUGCGUGCCCAGGUGCUGGAGCAGUGUGCCCGCUGCAUCCAGGGCAGCUGGAGGCAGUACCGGCACCGCCAAAGGGAACGGCAGAGGUGGGCGGCCACGCUCAUCCAAGCAGCCUUCCGUUCCUGGUUAACACGGAAAUACAUCCAGAGGCUGCACGCAGCCGCCACAGUCAUCAAGCGCACCUGGCGGAAGUGGCGAGUCCAGAUGGCCUUCCUGGCUUCUGAACUGGAUGGUGUGGAAGAAAAACACUCGUCUCCAGCUCCCUGUUCGCAGGACUCCUUCCCACUGCCCAAGAACUACCCCAAACACUGGAGAGCAAUCAUCCGCCUGUGGCCCCUGGGACUAGUCCUGGUCAAUGCAGCUGGGGGCAUCCGAGGCUUUCAGAGGGAACUGGUGGUCUGGGCCUGCCUCCAGCUCCCCCUGGCUGACACCAAAAGCUCCCCUGUCCAGAGAGUCCAGGAACAGGGCGGGAUCACAUCCAUCCGUGCACUGCCACAGGGUUCAAUCAAGUUUCAUUGCAAACGGUCUCCACUGCACUACGCUGACAUCUGCCCUGACCCUUCGCCCGACAAUGUUGCUGGCUUUAAUCAGAUCCUGCUGGAAAGACAGAGACUGGGCCACGUGUGAGAGCUUCUCACCUUCCACCCUCGCCUGGCUGGGUGAUCCUUAGGGCCUUUGUUCCUACCAGGCCUUCCCUGCCAGCUGCCUUGCCAAAGACACUGAAUCAACACAUAGCUGCCAAGUGGCUCCCACAGUGGCUCCAAGCAUGUGUGAGAGCUGCAGCACUUGUCUGCAGAGCCACACCCGGGCUCCUGGGCUGCGGCCUACACUUCGAACAAGCCAAGAUGAAGAAACCGCAGGUUGAAGGCCAGGGAGAGAACUCAGAGGGCUGGU